UUUUUGAAAAGGCUGGACGAAAGGGGUUUUUCUUGGGUCCUGGAUUUUCUUGGAUCCCGUUUUCUUGGGCUCCCGCCCUGGAUCUUGGGCCCCUCCGGCUGGGGGGUGUGGGCCUGGGGUGUUGGGGUUCAGUCCCGCCCGCCUCAGCAGGGCUGGCCGAGUCCUUGGGCGCCUUGGCCUUAAUGCCAGUUCCGUCGCUCCCGGACGCGAUCGUCUGUGUGAUCGGCCGAGAAGUGGGCCUCCUCCGGCCCCACCUCGCACCCCGCGAGCGUCCCGAGGGUGGCCCCAAGCAGCCGGCAGGUGUCCGCGUGUCCCCCUUGCCCUGGGCGUCCGGUCAGCUGUGAAGGCUGGCUGAAUUUGAACUUGAUGGACCUAAGAUCCGUCUGGUGAGGCGUAAACCAGCCCAAAAGCAAGAUGGCGUUUGUCGCGACGCAAGGGGCCACCGUGGUUGACCAAACCACGCUGAUGAAGAAAUACCUCCAGUUUGUGGCAGCUCUCACGGAUGUGAACACACCUGAUGAAACAAAGUUAAAAAUGAUGCAAGAAGUUAGCGAGAAUUUUGAGAACGUGACAUCGUCGCCCCAGUACUCUACAUUCCUGGAACAUAUUAUCCCGCGGUUUCUUACCUUCCUUCAGGACGGAGAGGUCCAGUUUCUUCAGGAGAAGCCGGCCCAGCAACUGCGGAAACUAGUACUGGAGAUAAUUCAUAGAAUACCGACCAAUGAACAUCUUCGUCCUCAUACAAAAAACGUUUUGUCUGUGAUGUUCCGCUUUUUAGAGACGGAAAAUGAAGAAAACGUUCUUAUUUGCCUAAGAAUAAUUAUUGAGCUGCAUAAACAGUUCCGGCCACCAAUCACACAAGAAAUUCAUCAUUUCUUGGAUUUUGUGAAACAGAUUUACAAGGAGCUUCCAAAAGUAGUGAACCGCUACUUUGAGAACCCGCAGGUGAUCCCCGAAAACACGGUCCCAGCCCCGGAAAUGGUUGGUAUGAUCACAACGAUUGCCGUGAAGGUGAAUCCUGAGCGGGAGGACAGCGAGACACGCACGCACUCCGUCAUCCCCAGAGGGUCGCUUUCACUGAAGGUGCUGGCGGAGCUGCCCAUCAUUGUUGUGUUAAUGUACCAGCUCUACAAGCUAAAUAUCCACAAUGUUGUCGCUGAGUUUGUGCCUCUGAUUAUGAAUACCAUUGCCAUUCAGGUAUCUGCACAAGCCAGGCAACACAAACUUUACAACAAGGAGUUGUAUGCUGACUUCAUCGCUGCCCAGAUUAAAACUUUGUCAUUUCUAGCUUAUAUCAUCAGAAUUUACCAGGAGCUGGUGACCAAGUACUCGCAGCAGAUGGUGAAAGGCAUGCUACAGUUACUUUCAAAUUGUCCAGCAGAGACCGCACACCUCCGAAAGGAGCUCCUGAUCGCCGCAAAGCACAUCCUUACCACGGAGCUGCGAAACCAGUUCAUUCCAUGCAUGGAUAAGCUGUUUGAUGAAUCCAUAUUGAUCGGUUCGGGAUACACGGCUCGGGAGACCCUGAGGCCCCUCGCCUACAGCACGCUGGCCGACCUCGUGCACCAUGUUCGCCAGCACCUGCCCCUCAGUGACCUCUCCCUCGCCGUCCAACUCUUUGCCAAGAACAUUGAUGAUGAGUCCCUGCCCAGCAGCAUCCAGACCAUGUCCUGCAAGCUCCUGCUGAACCUGGUAGACUGCAUCCGCUCCAAGAGCGAGCAGGAGAGCGGCAAUGGGAGAGACGUGCUGAUGCGCAUGCUCGAGGUUUUCGUUCUCAAAUUCCACACCAUUGCUCGGUACCAGCUUGCUGCCAUUUUUAAGAAGUGCAAGCCUCAGUCGGAACUUGGAGCUGUGGAAGCGGCCCUGCCCGGGGUGCCCACUGCCCCAGCCGCCCCGGGCCCCGCCCCAGCCCCGCCCCCUCCCACCCCAGCCACCCCUGUGACCCCCGCCCCCGUGCCGCCCUUUGAGAAGCAAGGAGAGAAAGAUAAGGAAGACAAGCAGACGUUCCAGGUCACCGACUGCCGAAGUCUGGUGAAGACGCUGGUGUGUGGCGUCAAGACCAUCACGUGGGGCAUAACGUCGUGUAAAGCGCCUGGUGAAGCUCAGUUCAUCCCCAACAAGCAGUUACAGCCCAAGGAGACGCAGAUCUACAUCAAGCUCGUCAAGUACGCCAUGCAGGCUUUGGACAUCUAUCAGGUCCAGAUAGCAGGAAACGGACAGACCUAUAUUCGCGUAGCAAACUGCCAGACCGUUCGAAUGAAGGAGGAGAAGGAGGUGCUGGAGCACUUCGCUGGCGUGUUCACCAUGAUGAAUCCCUUGACGUUUAAAGAGAUCUUUCAAACUACUGUCCCUUACAUGGUGGAAAGGAUCUCAAAAAAUUACGCCCUUCAGAUUGUUGCCAAUUCCUUCUUGGCGAAUCCAACUACCUCUGCCCUGUUCGCUACCAUUCUGGUGGAGUAUCUCCUGGAUCGCCUGCCAGAGAUGGGCUCCAACGUGGAGCUCUCCAACCUGUACCUCAAGCUGUUCAAGUUGGUCUUUGGCUCCGUCUCCUUGUUUGCAGCUGAAAAUGAGCAGAUGCUGAAGCCUCACCUGCACAAGAUCGUCAACAGCUCGAUGGAGCUUGCGCAGACUGCCAAGGAGCCCUACAACUACUUCCUGCUGCUCCGGGCGCUCUUCCGCUCUAUUGGUGGGGGCAGCCAUGACCUCCUGUACCAGGAGUUCCUACCCCUCCUCCCAAACCUCCUGCAAGGUCUGAACAUGCUGCAGAGCGGCCUGCACAAACAGCACAUGAAGGACCUCUUUGUGGAGCUGUGCCUCACAGUGCCCGUGAGGCUGAGCUCUCUGCUGCCCUAUCUGCCCAUGCUGAUGGAUCCCCUGGUGUCCGCGCUCAAUGGCUCUCAGACCUUGGUCAGCCAAGGCUUGCGGACUCUGGAGCUGUGUGUGGACAACCUGCAGCCGGAUUUCCUGUACGACCACAUUCAGCCGGUGCGGGCUGAGCUCAUGCAGGCUCUCUGGCGCACUUUACGCAACCCUGCCGACAGCAUCUCUCACGUGGCCUACCGUGUGCUGGGCAAGUUCGGCGGCAGUAAUCGGAAGAUGCUGAAGGAAUCCCAGAAGCUGCACUACGUUGUGACUGAAGUUCAAGGCCCUAGCAUCACUGUGGAGUUUCCUGACUGCAAGGCGUCUCUGCAGCUCCCCAUGGAGAAGGCCAUCGAAACCGCCCUGGAUUGCCUGAAGAGUGCCAACACAGAGCCCUACUACCGGCGGCAGGCAUGGGAGGUGAUCAAGUGUUUCCUGGUGGCCAUGAUGAGCCUGGAGGACAACAAGCACGCGCUGUACCAGCUCCUGGCCCACCCCAACUUCACAGAGAAGACCAUCCCCAGCGUCAUCAUCUCCCAUCGCUACAAGGCUCAGGACACGCCGGCUCGGAAGACGUUUGAGCAGGCCCUGACCGGGGCCUUCAUGUCGGCCGUCAUCAAGGAUCUACGGCCCAGCGCCCUGCCCUUUGUGGCCAGCCUUAUUCGCCAUUACACCAUGGUGGCCGUGGCCCAGCAGUGUGGUCCGUUCUUGCUGCCUUGCUACCAGGUGGGCAGCCAGCCCAGCACUGCCAUGUUUCACAGUGAGGAGAAUGGGUCCAAGGGCAUGGAUCCUCUGGUUCUUAUUGACGCCAUAGCUAUUUGCAUGGCCUAUGAGGAAAAGGAGCUGUGCAAAAUCGGAGAGGUGGCCUUAGCCGUGAUCUUCGAUGUCGCCAGCAUCAUCCUGGGCUCCAAGGAGAGGGCGUGCCAGCUGCCUCUGUUCUCCUACAUCGUGGAGCGCUUGUGCGCGUGCUGUUACGAGCAGGCUUGGUAUGCGAAGCUGGGGGGUGUGGUGUCCAUCAAGUUUCUCAUGGAGCGGCUUCCUCUCACCUGGGUUCUGCAGAACCAGCAGACGUUCCUCAAAGCGCUGCUGUUCGUCAUGAUGGACCUGACAGGAGAGGUUUCCAAUGGGGCCGUGGCCAUGGCCAAGACCACCCUGGAACAGCUCCUGAUGAGGUGUGCGACUCCGUUGAAGGACGAGGAGCGGGCCGAGGAGAUCGUAGCGGCCCAGGAGAAGUCUUUCCACCACGUGACACAUGAUCUGGUGCGAGAAGUCACCUCUCCCAACUCCACCGUGAGAAAGCAGGCUAUGCACUCCCUGCAGGUAUUGGCCCAGGUCACUGGGAAAAGUGUGACGGUGAUCAUGGAGCCCCACAAAGAGGUGCUGCAGGACAUGGUCCCGCCCAAGAAGCACUUGCUGCGCCACCAGCCUGCCAACGCGCAGAUCGGCCUCAUGGAGGGCAACACAUUCUGCACCACGUUGCAGCCCCGACUCUUCACCAUGGACCUGAACGUGGUGGAGCAUAAGGUGUUCUACACAGAGCUGCUGAACCUGUGUGAGGCCGAGGACUCUGCUCUGACAAAGCUGCCUUGUUACAAAAGCCUCCCGUCGCUUGUACCCCUGCGAAUCGCAGCCCUCAAUGCGCUCGCAGCCUGCAACUACCUUCCUCAGUCCAGAGAGAAGAUCAUCGCUGCGCUGUUCAAGGCCCUCAAUUCCACCAACAGCGAGCUGCAGGAGGCCGGGGAAGCCUGCAUGAGAAAGUUUCUAGAAGGCGCGACCAUAGAAGUGGAUCAGAUUCACACCCACAUGCGCCCUCUGUUGAUGAUGCUGGGAGAUUACAGAAGCCUCACUCUGAAUGUUGUGAAUCGGCUGACGUCCGUCACGAGGCUCUUCCCAAACUCCUUCAAUGAUAAGUUUUGUGAUCAGAUGAUGCAACAUCUGCGCAAGUGGAUGGAGGUGGUUGUCAUCACCCAUAAAGGGGGCCAGAGGAGCGAGGGAAACGAAAGCAUUUCAGAGUGCGGGAGGUGUUCCUUGUCUCCAUUCUGUCAGUUUGAGCCUGCCAUGGAAGGGGUAGAGGAGAUGAAGAUCUGUUCGGCCAUUAUCAACCUUUUCCACCUGAUCCCAGCUGCGCCUCAGACCCUGGUGAAGCCUCUGUUAGAGGUUGUCAUGAAAACGGAGCGGGCCAUGUUAAUUGAGGCAGGCAGUCCUUUCCGAGAGCCCUUGAUCAAGUUCCUGACUCGGCACCCUUCGCAGACGGUGGAGCUGUUCAUGAUGGAAGCCACCCUGAAUGACCCACAGUGGAGCAGGAUGUUCAUGAGUUUCUUGAAGCACAAGGAUGCCAAGCCCCUGCGGGAUGUGCUGGCUGCUAACCCCAACAGGUUCAUCACACUGCUGCUGCCGGGCGGCGCACAGACAGCCGUGCGCCCCGGCUCGCCCAGCACCAUGCGCCUGGACCUCCAGUUCCAGGCAAUCAAGAUCAUAAGCAUCAUAGUUAAGAAUGAUGACUCUUGGCUGGCCAAUCAGCAUUCUCUGGUGAGCCAGCUGCGUCGCGUCUGGAUCAGUGAGGCCUUUCAGGAAAGACACCGCAAAGAGAACAUGGCGGCCACCAACUGGAAGGAGCCAAAGCUGCUGGCAUAUUGUCUGCUCAACUACUGCAAACGGAACUACGGAGACAUAGAACUGCUGUUCCAGUUGCUGCGAGCCUUCACUGGCCGUUUUCUCUGCAACAUGACAUUCCUAAAAGAGUAUAUGGAGGAAGAGAUUCCCAAAAAUUAUAGCAUCGCCCAGAAACGUGCCCUGUUUUUUCGCUUUGUAGACUUCAACGACCCCAACUUUGGCGAUGAACUGAAGGCCAAGGUUCUGCAGCAUAUCUUGAAUCCGGCUUUCUUGUACAGCUUUGAGAAGGGGGAAGGAGAGCAGCUCCUGGGACCUCCCAACCCAGAGGGAGACAACCCAGAGAGUAUCACCAGUGUGUUCAUCACCAAGGUCCUCGACCCAGAGAAGCAGGCGGACAUGCUGGACUCACUGAGGAUCUACCUGCUGCAGUACGCUACGCUGUUGGUGGAGCACGCCCCGCACCACAUCCAUGACAACAACAAGAACCGCAACAGCAAGCUGCGUCGCCUCAUGACCUUCGCGUGGCCCUGCCUGCUCUCCAAGGCCUGCGUGGAUCCUGCCUGCAAGUACAGCGGACACUUGCUGCUGGCACACAUCAUUGCCAAGUUUGCAAUACACAAGAAAAUUGUCCUUCAGGUGUUCCACAGUCUGCUCAAGGCCCAUGCCAUGGAAGCACGCGCCAUUGUCAGACAAGCGAUGGCCAUUUUGACGCCUGCGGUGCCUGCCCGGAUGGAGGACGGACACCAGAUGCUGACCCACUGGACCCGGAAGAUCAUUGUGGAAGAGGGGCACACGGUUCCACAGCUUGUUCACAUCCUGCACUUGAUAGUUCAGCACUUUAAGGUGUACUACCCGGUGCGCCACCACCUGGUACAGCACAUGGUGAGCGCCAUGCAGAGGCUUGGCUUCACACCCAGCGUCACCAUCGAGCAGAGGAGGCUGGCCGUGGACCUGUCGGAGGUUCUCAUCAAGUGGGAGCUCCAGAGGAUCAAGGACCAGCAGCCGGAUUCAGAUGUGGACCCCAGUUCCAGUGGAGAAGGUGUCACGUCGGUGUCGUCGUCCAUCAAGAGGGGCCUGUCAGUGGACUCUGCACAGGAAGUGAAGCGCUUCCGGACGGCUACUGGCGCCAUCAGCGCGGUGUUCGGGCGGAGCCAGUCGUUGCCAGGAGCUGACUGUCUUCUGUCCAAGCCCAUUGACAAGCAGCACACGGACACCGUGGUGAACUUCCUCAUCCGUGUGGCCUGUCAGGUCAAUGACAACACCAACACGGCUGGGUCCCCUGGGGAGGUGCUGUCUCGCCGAUGCGUCAAUCUCCUCAAGACCGCCUUGCGCCCAGACAUGUGGUCCAAGUCUGAACUUAAGCUGCAGUGGUUCGACAAGCUGCUGAUGACUGUGGAGCAGCCAAAUCAGGUGAACUACGGGAACGUUUGCACGGGGCUGGAGCUGCUGAGCUUCCUGCUGACCGUGUUGCAGUCGUCUGCCAUCCUCAGCAGCUUUAAGCCCCUGCAGCGCGGGAUUGCUGCCUGCAUGGCGUGCGGCAGCACCAAGGUGCUGCGAGCCGUGCACAGCCUCCUCUCACGCCUCAUGAGCAUCUUCCCGACAGAGCCGAGUACUUCCAGCGUGGCCUCCAAGUACGAAGAGCUCGAGUGUCUGUAUGCAGCUGUUGGGAAGGUCAUCUAUGAGGGGCUCACCAGCUACGAGAAGGCUGCCAGUGCUAACCCCUCGCAGCUCUUCGGGACUCUCAUGAUCCUCAAGUCCGCCUGCAGCAACAACCCGAGCUACAUAGACAGGCUGAUCUCGGUGUUCAUGCGCUCCCUGCAGAAGAUGGUGCGAGAGCAUCUUAGUCCACAGACGGCGGCGGGGAGCACAGAUGCAGCCUCAGGGACGAGCGAGCUGGUGAUGCUGAGCCUGGAGCUGGUGAAGACACGCCUGGCUGUGAUGAGCAUGGAAAUGCGCAAGAACUUCAUCCAGGCCAUCCUCACGUCGCUCAUUGAGAAGUCGCCUGACGCCAAGAUCCUCCGCGCCGUGGUGAAGAUCGUGGAGGAGUGGGUCAAGAGCAGCUCCCCAGUGGCAGCCAACCAGACACCAACGCUCCGGGAGAAGUCCAUUCUGCUUGUGAAAAUGAUGACCUACAUAGAAAAACGCUUUCCAGAAGACCUGGAGUUAAAUGCCCAGUUUUUAGACCUUGUUAAUUAUGUGUACAGGGACGAGACGCUGUCAGGCAGCGAGUUGACUGCCAAGCUCGAGCCUGCCUUCCUUUCCGGGCUGCGAUGUGCCCAGCCUCUCAUCCGGGCCAAGUUCUUUGAGGUCUUUGACAGCUCGAUGAAGCGUCGGGUCUAUGAGCGUCUGCUCUACGUGACCUGCUCCCAGAACUGGGAGGCCAUGGGAAACCAUUUUUGGAUCAAGCAGUGCAUUGAGCUCCUCCUGGCCGUGUGUGAGAAAAGCACGCCCAUUGGUACCAGCUGCCAGGGGGCCAUGCUCCCGGCCAUCACCAACGUCAUCAACCUGGCCGACAGUCAUGACCGAGCCGCGUUCGCCAUGGUCACACACGUCAAGCAGGAGCCUCGGGAACGGGAGAACAGCGAGUCCAAAGAGGAGGAUGUGGAGAUAGAUAUUGAACUGGCUCCUGGAGAUCAGACCAGCACGCCCAAAACCAAAGAACUCUCCGAAAAGGACAUUGGGAACCAGUUGCAUAUGUUGACCAACAGACACGACAAGUUUCUUGAUACCCUGCGGGAGGUGAAGACCGGGGCGCUGCUCAGCGCCUUUGUUCAGCUGUGUCACAUCUCCACCACGCUGGCUGAGAAGACCUGGAUCCAGCUGUUCCCCAGACUGUGGAAGAUCCUCUCUGACAGGCAGCAGCACGCUCUGGCAGGGGAGAUCAGCCCGUUCCUGUGCAGCGGCAGCCACCAGGUGCAGCGUGACUGUCAGCCCAGCGCGCUCAACUGCUUUGUGGAGGCCAUGUCCCAGUGCGUGCCCCCAAUCCCCAUCAGGCCCUGCGUCCUCAAGUACCUGGGCAAGACGCACAACCUGUGGCUGCGGUCCACACUCAUGCUGGAGCACCAGGCCUUCGAGAAGGGCCUGAGCCUGCAGAUGAAGCCGAAGCAGACGGCCGAGUUCUAUGAGCAGGAGAGCAUCACGCCGCCCCAGCAGGAGAUCCUGGAUUCCCUUGCCGAGCUCUACUCCCUGCUGCAGGAGGAGGACAUGUGGGCUGGCCUGUGGCAGAAGCGCUGCAAGUACUCGGAGACGGCCACGGCCAUCGCUUACGAGCAGCACGGCUUCUUUGAGCAGGCACAGGAGUCGUACGAAAAGGCAAUGGAUAAAGCCAAGAAGGAACACGAGCGGAGUAACGCGUCCCCGGCCGUCUUCCCCGAGUACCAGCUCUGGGAGGACCACUGGAUCCGGUGCUCGAAGGAGUUGAACCAGUGGGAGGCCUUGACGGAGUAUGGCCAGUCCAAAGGACACAUCAACCCCUACCUGGUCCUGGAGUGCGCGUGGCGUGUGUCCAACUGGACUGCCAUGAAGGAGGCACUGGUGCAGGUGGAAGUAAGCUGCCCGAAAGAAAUGGCUUGGAAAGUCAACAUGUACCGAGGAUACCUGGCCAUCUGCCACCCUGAGGAGCAGCAGCUCAGCUUCAUCGAGCGCCUGGUGGAGAUGGCCAGCAGCCUGGCCAUUCGCGAGUGGCGUCGGCUGCCCCACGUCGUGUCCCACGUACACACGCCUCUUCUGCAGGCAGCCCAGCAAAUCAUUGAACUGCAGGAAGCUGCUCAAAUAAAUGCUGGUCUGCAGCCGAGCAACCUGGGCAGGAACAACAGCCUGCACGACAUGAAGACGGUGGUGAAGACCUGGAGGAACCGGCUGCCCAUCGUGUCAGAUGACUUGUCGCACUGGAGCAGCAUCUUCAUGUGGCGGCAGCACCAUUACCAGGCUAUUGUAACAGCUUAUGAAAAUAGUUCCCAGCAUGAUCCGAGUUCAAAUAACGCCAUGCUUGGGGUUCACGCAUCAGCUUCAGCCAUCAUCCAGUAUGGGAAGAUUGCCCGGAAACAAGGAUUGGUCAAUGUAGCUCUGGAUAUACUGAGUCGCAUUCACACCAUUCCGACCGUUCCCAUAGUGGACUGCUUCCAGAAGAUUCGACAGCAAGUCAAGUGCUACCUGCAGCUGGCAGGAGUGAUGGGCAAAAACGAGUGCAUGCAGGGCCUUGAAGUUAUCGAGUCUACAAACUUAAAAUACUUCACCAAAGAGAUGACAGCCGAGUUUUACGCACUGAAGGGGAUGUUUUUGGCCCAGAUCAACAAGUCUGAGGAAGCCAACAAGGCCUUCUCGGCGGCCGUGCAGAUGCAUGACGUGUUGGUGAAGGCGUGGGCCAUGUGGGGCGACUACCUGGAGAACAUCUUCGUGAAGGAGCGCCAGCUGCAUCUCGGGGUGUCUGCCAUCACCUGUUACCUGCAUGCCUGUCGCCAUCAGAACGAGAGCAAGUCAAGGAAAUACCUUGCCAAGGUGUUGUGGCUUUUGAGUUUUGAUGAUGACAAAAACACCCUGGCAGACGCCGUGGACAAGUACUGCAUUGGGGUGCCCCCCAUCCAGUGGCUGGCCUGGAUCCCCCAGCUGCUCACCUGCCUGGUGGGCUCCGAGGGCAAGCUGCUUCUGAACCUCAUCAGCCAGGUUGGACGUGUGUACCCCCAAGCCGUCUACUUCCCCAUCCGGACCCUGUACCUGACCCUGAAAAUAGAGCAGCGGGAGCGCUAUAAGAGCGAUUCUGGACAGCAGCAGCCAAGUUCAGUGGGUAACCAGUCCCAUUCUGCAUCAGAUCCAGGGCCCAUAAGAGCGACAGCACCAAUGUGGCGCUGCAGCCGAAUCAUGCACAUGCAGCGAGAGCUCCACCCCACCCUUCUGUCUUCCCUGGAAGGCAUCGUCGAUCAGAUGGUCUGGUUCCGAGAAAACUGGCACGAGGAGGUCCUCCGGCAGCUGCAGCAGGGCCUGGCCAAGUGCUACUCGGUGGCAUUUGAGAAGAGCGGAGCUGUGUCUGAUGCCAAAAUCACACCCCACACACUCAACUUCGUCAAGAAGCUGGUGAGCACGUUUGGGGUGGGCCUGGAGAACGUGUCCAACGUCUCCACCAUGUUCUCCAGCGCCGCCUCCGAGUCUCUGGCCAGGCGGGCACAGGCCACUGCCCAGGACCCCGUCUUCCAGAAGCUCAAGGGCCAGUUCACGACCGAUUUUGACUUCAGUGUUCCAGGCUCCAUGAAGCUUCAUAAUCUGAUUUCUAAGUUGAAAAAGUGGAUCAAGAUCCUGGAGGCCAAAACCAAGCAGCUUCCCAAAUUCUUCCUCAUAGAAGAAAAGUGUCGCUUCCUGAGCAAUUUCUCAGCACAGACUGCUGAAGUGGAAAUUCCAGGGGAGUUUCUGAUGCCCAAGCCAACGCAUUAUUACAUCAAAAUCGCGCGGUUUAUGCCCAGGGUGGAAAUCGUGCAGAAACACAACACGGCAGCCAGGAGGCUGUACAUCCGUGGGCACAACGGCAAGAUCUACCCAUACCUGGUCAUGAACGACGCCUGCCUCACCGAGUCACGGCGAGAGGAGCGUGUGCUGCAGCUGCUGCGCCUGCUGAACCCCUGCCUGGAGAAGAGGAAAGAGACCACCAAGAGGCACCUGUUUUUCACAGUGCCCCGGGUCGUGGCUGUGUCCCCGCAGAUGCGCCUCGUCGAGGACAACCCCUCCUCUCUGUCACUCGUGGAGAUCUACAAGCAGCGCUGUGCCAAGAAGGGCAUUGAGCACGACAACCCCAUCUCCCGCUACUACGACCGGCUGGCCACCGUGCAGGCGCGGGGCACCCAGGCCAGCCAUCAGGUCCUCCGAGACAUCCUCAAGGAGGUGCAAAGCAACAUGGUGCCACGCAGCAUGCUCAAGGAGUGGGCGCUGCACACCUUCCCGAACGCCACCGACUACUGGACCUUCCGCAAGAUGUUCACCAUCCAGCUCGCACUCAUCGGCUUUGCCGAGUUCGUCCUGCACCUCAACAGACUCAACCCCGAGAUGCUGCAGAUCGCUCAGGACACCGGAAAGCUCAACGUUGCCUACUUCCGAUUUGACAUCAACGAUGCGACCGGAGACCUAGACGCCAACCGCCCGGUCCCUUUCCGCCUCACCCCCAACGUCUCCGAGUUCCUGACCACCAUCGGGGUGUCUGGCCCGCUGACUGCCUCCAUGAUCGCCGUGGCACGGUGCUUCGCCCAGCCCAACUUCAAGGUGGACGGCAUUCUCAAGACGGUGCUCCGUGACGAGAUCAUCGCGUGGCACAAGAAGACGCAGGAGGACACGUCGUCGCCCCUGUCGGCCGCAGGGCAGCCCGAGAGCAUGGACAGCCAGCAGCUGGUCUCCCUGGUGCAGAAAGCCGUCACGGCGGUCAUGACCCGCCUGCACAACCUGGCCCAGUUCGAGGGCGGGGAGAGCAAGGUGAACACCCUGGUGGCCGCUGCCAACAGCCUGGACAACCUGUGUCGCAUGGACCCUGCCUGGCACCCGUGGCUGUGACCACCCCGGCUCCCAGCCUGCUGUGGCUCACUGGAUGGUCGGAGCCCUGGCCUGCUCACUCGCUCCCCUGGAGCCGCGAGGGGAGCAGCUGCACGGUCACAGCGCCGUGUCCUGAGGAGUGACGGGGCCGUGGCCGCCCCGGGGAGUGGGGCUUCCCGCCUGGAGCCGCUCUGUGGCUCUUUUUAUGGUGUUCCUCCCCAUGUGGGGUUGCGGGUUGCACAUAUAUGUGUUUUGAAAACCCUUUGAGAAAUAACGGCCGCCGUGGCCCUGCUACAGCCGCAGGAAGCCACCGUGGCGUCCGGCAGCAGGGCGUGGGGACAGCCUGCUGCCGCCGGGCGAGCUGGCCUCGGGCUCUCGCCGUGCGGCAGCGUGGGCCAGCGGCGCUGUGCUCUCCGUGGGCAGCACCAGCCUUCACUGUUGUGGACUCGGCCCAGCGGAGCCCACGCCAGCCCCGGCCGCCUGCGCGGCUCUUGGCUGUUUCGUAGGCAGUCAGUGCCUCAUGGACCACUUUCCUCCCUAAUUUAAAAGAAAAGAGACAAGUUUGUUAACUAGUCCUUCUGUUAAGUUCACGUUUUUAUAAAUCUUGAGUAUCAAGAAUGUUCUAUCUAAAUUUGUACAGUGUGAUUUUUUUUAGAAUAAAUAUUUUAUAAAAGGG